AUGGCUACCAUAACACACCACGAUGUUACCUACGCGGGAGGAAGCAAGAAGAUACAUUACCUGGCCACUGGCCCGGUCGAUGGCCCAUUGAUUCUAUUCAUUCACGGAUGGCCUGCUACUGCCAUCACGUGGAAAGCUCAACUCAAUGCAUUCGCCUCGGUAGGCUUCCGGGCUAUCGCCCCUGACAUGCCCGGCUAUGGACAGUCAACAGCCCGGCGAGUCGUGGACGACUACUGUCAGGAAGCUCUUGUGGAGGGUAUGAUGGCCCUGCUAGCCGACACAGGCCGCCGCGCUGCCGUUUGGGUUGGUCACGACUGGGGUUCGGGCGUGACUUCCUCGGUCGCGAUCCAGCACCCCGAAACUGUCAAGGCUCUAGUGAGUAUGUGUGUGCCAUAUUCGACCCUCGAACUUGGCUGGGAUGGCUUCCUACCGUUGGUAGACCGGAAACUCUACCCCGCAGAUCAAUACGAAUAUGGACAGUGGGACUAUAUGAAGAAUUACGAAGAGAAUUUUGAGAAGGCUGUGGAAUGGUACCACCGUGAUAUCGCUGGGUACUGCAAGGCUAUUGCUCAAAAGCCAACGUCGCGACCAGACUUGAGUGUUCCUCACUUGAUGGCUACGAUACGCAAGAAGGGAAUGAUGGGUGGCAGGCCCAAACCACCAAGUGUCGACCAAUUAGGGCCGACGACUCUUCCAGCCGAUGUCCUCGAUUCUUUCACGAAGGACAUGCAGAGGACAGGUUUCUGGUCAGGUUGUGCUUACUACCUAAAUCAUCGUCGAAAUGCGGAAUAUAACGGCAGUCGGGAAAGGAAGUUGACGCAGCCGGUGUUGUUUGUCCAUGCGACAUGGGAUCUUGUUUGUGCUACGAAGAUAACCCGGCUCAUAGAGCCAAUGAGAGAGGCUUGCUCAAACUUGACAGAGGUUACUAUCGACGCAGGUCAUUUUGUGGGAUGGGAAAAACCCGCAGAAGUCAACGCUGCCUUGUUCAGGUUCCUGGUAGAUGCGCUGCCCAAUGAAUGGCCUGGAUCCUUGGAAAGUGAAUAUACGAAGUCCAAGUCUAUUCUAUAG